AUAAGACACUGGCAGCCUUUAGAGAUCCUCGGUCAGCCUCACAUUUGCAACACCUCCCACCGUCGAAGUCUCAACAGCCUGAUAGCGGGAUUGCGACUUUUCAAACACACUGGAGGCACACAUCAGCAGCGCAGCAACGCCUCAAUCCCAAGGUUGCAAGCGAAGAAACGAAGCAGCGUGAGGUUGUUCGUGCGUCCUGUCCUCCGUUGGCUCUAGGCUUCUGGCGCCGGUAUCGAGUGACGUUGUUUCUACGGCCCGUAUCGAAAAGUUGUUCCAUCGAGUCGUUGGCUUUCCGACGCUCUCCUUGAUGAGCGGCCAACUCUCUGCGCACGCACCAUGAGGGUCAGGGGUGUUCUGCAGGUGGCGACGCUGCUGGCGUCGUCGGCCCUCUGGGCGGCACCCGUCGCCGCAAAGAACGACCGGCCAAAUUUCCACACGAAGACGUUCGAGAACAUACCAAGAAACCUGAACUACUUCCCCGACUCGGAUGUCGUCCUGUUUCAAGACGCCGAUGCCAACAAUGUUUACCGCUCCGGCGACCACGGCGUGACUUGGGAGCGCGUGGACGCCAUCCCGGAAGGCAAGGCCUGGCUGCUUUACAUGCACCAGUUUGACCCGAAGCGGGCAUAUAUUCUGACCGAGGGCACCACCCACUUCCGCACCAGCGACCGCGGAAAGUCAUGGGUCAAGUUCGAGUCAGGCGCCGAGAUGACCAUGUUCCGCGGCGACAUCCUCCAGUUCCACGCCGCCGACCCCGACCGAAUCAUCUUCAACGGCAUGUCCUGCGUGGGACUCUGUCAAGAGGUUGCCAUGUACACCACCGACGGUUUCAAGUCACCCGCCAAGGAACUGCGCAGGGAUACAGAUGGCUGCUGGUGGGCCAAGUCCUCGGACCUGUUCUCCACGGGUUCUGAAGAUCUGGACAAGAAUCGCAUUUUGUGCAUUGUCAGGGACGCCUAUUCGCCCUUCAAGCAGGACAACCGCCUCCUGGUCUCCGACAACUUCUUCCAGGCCACCGACGAGAGUAAAGACAUACAGGAGUUCGAGCCCAAUCUCGACACGAACAAACCGGUGCAGGGCAUCGUAAAUGUUGCGGUGGUAAAGAAAUAUCUGCUGGUGGCGACCAGUUCCAUGAACACGGACGAGAUGGCUCUCUUCGUCACCGACGACACCAAGAAGUGGCACCGUGCCGUCUUCCCGGCGCCGCACGACACCCACGACCACCGGCUGAUGCAGGAGGCUUACACGGUGCUCGAGAGCACCAACUACAGUAUUCAGAUUGAUGUUAUGACGACCCGACCAUCCAACCCGAUGGGUGUGAUGUUCACGAGCAAUUCGAACGGCACCUACUUCACCGAGAAUAUUGAGCACACCAACCGCAAUCAGAGGGGGCAUGUCGAUUUCGAGAAGAUCACCGGCAUUCAGGGGAUCUUCUUGGUGAAUAAGGUCGAUAACUGGGAAGAGGUGUCAAAAAAGGCCAGCGCCAAGAAGAAGGUUGUGUCCGAGAUCACGUUUGACGACGGCCGGACUUUCGAGUCUGUGACAGCCGGUGGCAAGAGGAUACACCUCCACUCGGUCACGGAGCUGAGCAAUAUCGGUCGUGUCUUCUCGAGCCCCGCACCCGGCCUGGUUAUGGCCGUCGGCAAUACAGGCGAAUACCUGAAGGAUUACUGGGAGGAUGGCAAUCUCUACGUAUCCGACGACGCGGGUAAGACGUGGAGCAAGGCGCUGAACGGCCCCCACAAGUACGAGUUUGGGGACCAGGGUUCUAUCCUCGUCGCCGUGCGCGACUCCAAGGAUGCUGAUGUCAGCGAGAUCAGCUACUCGCUUGACCACGGACUUACCUGGGCGAAAGAAUCUCUGCCCGAUGGGCUGAAGAUCCGGCCGUACAUCCUCACGACCACACAAGAAUCGGCCAGCCUCAAGUUCCUCCUGAUCGGCCUGACGGACAAAGCCCCCCAGUGGCGAAUUAUCUCGAUCGACUUCGACGGCCUUCACGAGGCGACUUGCAAGGAGGAUGAUAUGGAAAAGUGGUCUGCCCGAGUGGACGACGACGGGAAGCCGACGUGCCUGAUGGGCCACACUCAGACGUUCAGCCGCCGCAAGAAGAAGGCCGAGUGCUUCCUGAAGCAGGAGUUCAAGCAUGCGGUGGCAGAAACAGAGGAUUGCGAUUGCACUGACAAGGAUUACGAGUGCGAUUUCAACUUUGAGAGAGUGGAUGGCAAGUGCGUCGCCAGGGGCCCCAUCAUCCCGCCGGAGGGAGCGUGCCGCGACGCCAAGCCGGACGACACAUUCAAGGGCACGUCGGGAUACCGCAAGAUACCCGGAAACACGUGCAAACCGACGAAGCAGAUGGACGAGAAGUACAAGGACGUCGACAGGAAGUGCUCCGAGACUGGGGGCAAGCCUUCGGCCCCCGCAACGGACAAGAUUGAGCAAACGCAAAAGGUAUUUGAGGAUUAUGAUGCGUGGGAGAAGCACUACCUAGAGCGGGGUGACUCGAGCUCAGCCGAGGACGAGACCAUUAUCAUGCGCGGAAUCCAGGGAUCGCACCGCGGGGCCAUCCAUGUCACUGAUGACCAUGGCAAGACCUGGCACACUCCAAAGGAUCUCGAAGGCGAGAAGAUUGUGGGAAUCAUCCCGCACCACUACUUCAAGGAUAUGGUCUUCUUCAUCACCACCGGCAAGAAGGUUAUCUACACCACAGACCGUGGUAGGACCUUCCACAGCUUCAAGGCACCUCACGAGCCAAACCCGCACGUUCUCCCUCUAGCCUUCCAUCCGGACAAGAAGGACUGGCUGAUCUGGAUCGGCCAGAAGUGCGAGAAGAACGACGACUGCUACACGGUCGCUUCCUUCACCAAGGAUCGCGGAGACCACUGGGAGACUGGGGCUCGGUACGCCCGGCGCUGCGAGUUCACCGGAUCGAGCGCCUACAAGUAUCCCGAGCGCAAGGAGGAGCAGAUCCUCUGCCUCAAGCACGAGCGGGAAGACGUGGGCAAGGACAACCCGCUGAUGCUGGUCUCGACGAAUGACUGGUUUGAGAAUGAGGAGAUCCGCGGGAGGAACGUGAAGGAAUUUGCUACCAUGGCCGAGUUCAUCGUGGUCGCCACCGAGAACACGACCAAGCAGACCCUGCAAGUCAGCGCAAGUCUCGACGGCGCUAUCUUCGCCGACGCCCGUUUCCCUUAUGGCUUCGAAGUCCCGCACCAGCAUGCCUAUACCGUGCUUGACAGCUCGACGCAUGCUGUCAACCUGUUCGUGGCCACCGACGUGGCCGAGGGUCGCACGGUUGGCACCAUCCUCAAGAGCAACUCGAACGGAACCUCGUAUGUAGUCAGCGUGAGGGACGUCAACUGUGACGAAGACUUCUACGUUGACUUUGAGAAAAUGCUCGGCCUGGAGGGCGUUGCCUUGGUGAAUGUGGUCGCCAACCCCGGCGAGAAGGGCAGUGCUCCCAAGAAGCUGCAGACCAAGAUCACACACAAUGACGGUGCGCGCUGGGCGUAUUUGCCGACACCUGACAAUGACGAUUUCGGCAAGUUCCCCUGCCAGUCUGGCGGCGACGAGAAAUGCGCGCUGCACAUCCACGGCUAUACGGAGCGUGGGGACCACCGCAAGACCUACUCGUCACAGGGGGCCGUCGGUCUGAUGUUCGGAUGGGGCAAUGUUGGCGAGUCGCUGGGCGCGCUCAAGGACGCUGACACGUUCAUGACCACCAAUGCCGGCAUCACGUGGAAGCGCGUCAAGCAAGGCCGGUGGACCUGGGCGAUCGGCGAUCAGGGCGCAGUCAUCGUCCUCAUCCAGACAACCCCGGCGGCCGGCGCAAAGAAGACAAAGACCGUUUUCUACUCGCUCGACCAAGGCCAGACCUGGCAAGAGCAUCAGUUCUCUGACGAGGAGGUCGAGGUCUGGGAUGUGACCACCCUCCGCUCCGGCAGCUCGCGCAACUUCCUCCUUUGGGGCAAGAACAGCAAGGGCGCUUUCACCCUGAACCUGGACUUUUCCGGCUUCACCGAGCGCAUGUGCAAGCAUGACGACGAUCCCGGAAAGUCGGACUACUACAUAUGGUCGCCAAGCCAUCCCCUGCAGCCCGAUGGCUGCCUUUUCGGUCACGUCUCUCAGUAUCUGCGUAAGAAGGAUGACAGGAAAUGCUAUAACGACUUCAAACUGCAACCCCUCUACAGCAAGAAGAAUUGUACCUGCACGCGGGAGGACUUUGAAUGCGAUUACAACUACGAAAUGGACGGAUUCGGCCAGUGCAAGCUCGUCGCCGGUCUCCAACCCAAAGACCCGCAGAUCUGGUGCAAAGAGCACCCCGACGCUAUCGAGUACCACGAGCCGACGGGCUUCCGCCGCAUUCCGCUCACUACGUGUGUCGGCGGCCGCGCCCUCGACAAGGAAUCCCCCGUGCACCCCUGCGCGGGCAAAGAAGACGAGUUCGAUCGUGCGCAUCGCGCCUCUGGCAUUGCCAUCUUCUUCGCCAUCACCGUCCCGUUCGCCCUGGCCGGCGCCGCGGGCUGGUGGGUCUGGCGGAACUGGAACGGCAAGUUCGGCCAGAUCCGCCUUGGCGACCAGGGGAACGCCAUUUUCGAGGCCGAUCGGCCCUGGGUUAAGUACCCUGUCAUCGCGCUCAGCGCCGUGGUGGCGGUCAUCGUAGCGAUGCCUGUCGUUGCGGGCGCCUUGUGGAGGAGUGUGAAGGGUCUCGGAGAGAGGCUGGGGCUCGGCUCUGGAAGCGGCGGCGGCGGGAGGGGGAGAUGGAGCAGGCUUGGGGGUGGGACGAGGAGAUUUACGACGAGGGAUAGCUUUGCGAGGGGCAGUGGCGAUUACGCGAUUGUGGAUGACGACGAGGGUGAGUUGCUUGGGGAGGAUAGCGAUGAGGAGGUAUAGUCUGCCUCGUCCGGGUAUAUCUUGACUCGCCUUGGGCAAUAUGUACUAGGGUUCUCUUGGCAUGUCGUAACCAUGCUUCUUGGACAUGAUAGAAAGAUGGAUGUGUGAUGGAAUAUAGUGUAUGACGCCGGCGGUUCAAAUUGGCACUGUGGGGUUGCAUAUGGUAUAGGAGCGCGUGAUUUUGGCUGAGAUAUAUAGAAAAAAAAAUU